UGACUUUUAGCACUCUCAAGUUGUUCCCCAUGAAAGAGCGCGCGUAUUGCGCAUGCGUACCAUUUCGAGCCCGAGUGCGUCGCGAUUAGAAGCCGGCAGAGUGUGCUCUGUGUCCGUCAACCGCCUACCUGCGAGCAAUUCUCGCUUUUUUCACGAAACGAUAGAAAUAUAUCAAAUCAAAAAUGUCAGUCGAUAAGGACGAACUGGUGCAGCGGGCCAAGCUCGCCGAACAGGCGGAGAGGUACGAUGACAUGGCAUCGGCCAUGAAAUCCGUCACCGAGACCGGCGUCGAGCUCAGCAACGAGGAGCGCAACCUGCUGUCGGUGGCGUACAAGAACGUUGUCGGUGCGAGGCGCUCCUCCUGGCGAGUUAUUUCGUCAAUCGAACAAAAGACUGAGGGAUCCGAACGUAAACAACAGAUGGCCAAGGAGUACCGGGAAAAAGUAGAAAAGGAAUUACGGGAAAUUUGCUAUGAUGUCUUGAGUCUCCUCGACAAAUACCUCAUUCCGAAAGCGAGUAACGCAGAGUCGAAAGUAUUCUACCUUAAAAUGAAAGGCGAUUACUACAGAUAUCUCGCCGAAGUCGCCACCGGAGACACAAGAAACACUGUGGUGGAAGACUCGCAAAAGGCGUAUCAGGAAGCGUUCGAUAUCGCAAAGUCGAAAAUGCAGAGCACCCAUCCGAUUCGGCUAGGACUCGCCCUAAAUUUCUCCGUUUUCUAUUACGAAAUCAUAAACUCGCCGGCGCGGGCCUGUCACCUCGCCAAGCAGGCAUUUGAUGAUGCAAUAGCAGAACUCGAUACCCUGAACGAGGAUUCGUACAAAGACAGUACGUUAAUUAUGCAGCUACUCAGAGACAACCUUACGCUUUGGACCAGCGACACACAGGGUGAUGCAGAUGAAACUCAGGAGGCGGGAGAGAAUUGAAGUGGUGACGUCCGAUGAUUUUAAAAAUUAAUCGUUAAUAUGAAAAUUUCAUGUAAGUUAACGUAUUCGGUGGAACUUGGUUGUGAAGUUUCAACCAACACAAUGGAAACUUUUUGAUAUUUAAGUAACAAUGUUUUUAGUGAAAUAUGUAAAAUGUUAAUUUAUGUUUCACUUCACACAACAAGUAACGAACUACGUUUCUUUGCUCUGACUUGUAAAAUGCCCCGUAAAACACACACAUAAUGGAUACGAAAGAAGACAAGCGCGCAGCCCGAGAUUAUAUUGACUGUGAACGUUGUGUGAUGAAUGGACGUCAAACAAAAAUCAGGAUUUCAUGAUUUCCAAAAUUUCCACAAACAACAAAUCAAGCUAAGCUAAAAACAAAAAUCAUAUACAAGAUAUUUCUGCACGGCGGGCCGUAGUCCGUCGCCUUCAGGACGACAUUUUGUUUAUUGCCGUACUCGGGUCCGUUGUUCAUCUUUAAUAUUGUAUUGUUUGCAUCGAUCCAGCUCGAGUCCGGUGCUCGUCUCUUUAUAUAUUUUUUUGUUUUCUUCUGUAUAACGCACGCUACAUAAUUUAUUUUGAUUUACCUUUUUUCAGUUUACUCUUACGUUCUAACUUGUUAAACUAUUAAAAUGAUUUAACACUG